AUGUCCACCCUCGCCCGCGCCGCGCUCUGCGCACACGCACGACGAGCCGCCCUCGCGCGCGGACGAUCCCCGAUCGCGCGCGCGCGCGCGUACGUCGCGCACGCCGGCGGUUCUUUCGAAAACGUCACGAGCGAUGAUCUUCGCGAGAUGAUCGAAACCGCGGACGAUUCGGACGUCAUGUUCGUCGACGUGCGAGAAAAGGAUGAGUGGGACGCCCUGAAAGUGCGAAGGUUUGAACUGAAACCCCUGAGCGAUGUCGGGUCGUGGUUGAACGCGCUGCCGAGAGAGAAGAAGCUGGUGGUGAUGUGUAAGCUCGGCGGACGAAGCGCGCGGGCGUGCGACGCGUUAGUCGCGGCGGGAUACGAUAACGUGUACAACGUCCUCGGUGGAAUCACGGAAUACUCGGAGAAAUACGGGAGCGAUUAA